AUGCAGAACCAGUGUAUCUUCGGCGCCGAUUUCUUGAAAGCGAACGGAAUGGUUGUUAACAUUGCACAGGAACUUUUGUCAUGGGACUCGGGGGAGACGCGACUGCUUAUUGAAGCAGCUGCGCCAACUAUCAACAAAUUAUCGGUUCUGCUGGAGAAAUAUGCAGACGUGUUUGUAAAUGGACCGGAUGAUCCUUUGGGACGGACUAAUGAUGCUGAACAUUCUAUUGACACUGGGGACAGUCGACCAGUCAAACAACGACCAUACAGAAUACCUGUCCAUUUAAACAAAGUGGUGAAUAAUCAAGUUGAUGAAAUGCUUGCUCGAGGUCUCAUUAGGCCAAGCGACAGCCCGUGGUCCUCUCCAAUUGUAAUGGCCCCCAAGAAGGACGGUGAUUAUCGUUUCUGUGUCGAUUUUCGGCGUUUAAACGCAGUUACCAGGAAGGAUGCGUUUCCAAUGCCGCGAGUAGACGAGAUCCUUGACAAACUCGGUGGAGCACGCUUCUUUAGCACGUUAGAUUUGGCUUCAGGCUACUGGCAGGUUCCUCUAAGAGAAGAAGAUAUUCCUAAAACCGCGUUCACAGUUGGCCCAAAUCAUUACGAGUUUACUGUUAUGCCCUUCGGCUUGACAAACGCCCCAGCCACCUUUCAGCGAAUGAUGACGAAACUUCUCCAUGGGAUGAGCGGCUGUCUGGUAUUUAUCGAUGACAUCAUUAUCUUUGCUGACACCUGGGAGGAACACCAGAAGAUUUUGGAAGAGGUUUUGCAUCGAAUCAAAGCAGCUGGCUUGAAGCUCAAGGGAACGAAAUGUCAGUUCGGACGUGAAUCGGUUCAGUUUUUGGGACAUAUUGUAUCCGCAAGGGGAAUCCAUCCAAACCCAGAGAAAGUCCAAGCCGUACAAGAUUUUCCGACACCGUCUUCGUUGUCGGAUGUCAGAGCAUUUGUGGGAAUGGCCUCCUACUACCGCAGGUAUGUCCGUAAUUUUGCGGAUAUCGCCGCUCCUCUGCAUGAACUAACCAAAGGAGGCAGAGAAUUUUGUUGGACACCAGCAGCACAGCAAGCGUUUCAUACCCUAAAAACCCACUUAUCCACUUCACCUAUCCUUGCCUUGCCCAAUUUUAUGAUUCCUUUCACUGUUUACACUGAUGCUAGCGAUUCUGGUCUUGGAGCAGUGUUGUCGCAACGUGUUGGUUCCAGCGAAUAUGUCGUUUGCUAUGCUAGUCGGUCAUUGACAUCAGCGGAGAAGAACUAUUCAACAACUGAGAAAGAGUGUCUGGCCAUUGUGUGGGCCAUUCACUACUGGCGUCCCUACCUACUGGGAAAGGCGUUUCAAGUGGUUACCGACCAUCAAAGUUUAACUUGGCUUCAGGGACUAAAAGAACCCAAAGGUCGCUUAGCACGUUGGAUCUUAACCCUUCAAGAAUAUGACUUUGCCAUCGUACACCGCCCGGGUCGUGAGAACUGUAAUGCAGAUGCACUUUCACGGUCUCCUCUUCCAACUACAGUCGUCAGUCAUCCUCAUUUACCGGAUGAGGAGAUCGUCAUCGGGGUUAUCGUCAUCGGGGUUAGGGAGGCAACGAACAUGGUACCUCUAAGGAGAUCUACCCGUCAGCGCCGACCACCUGAUCGUUACCAGGACUUUAAUUUAGAUGAGCUUGAGAUCGAGGACGCUCUCACUUAA